ACUGCGCACGCAUGUCUUCGCUCUUCAGCGUUACCAGGGCUCCAUGAUUCAGGUGGAGUGGACGCCUGAAUAAUUUCGUCCUGAACACAGAGAUGAAGCUUGAUAAACAGAGAUCCACACACACCACGGAGAGGGAAUUCGGGGGGACCUUGGGUGCUACAUGCAUCCCUGUCUUUCUGCCUCUGACCGUGCUGUACCUGCUGAGUGUAUGUCGCUCCCCGGAGGCCAGCGUGCUCCAGUGGCCCCCUCCGCUGCCCCACACAUCCCAGCUUUGGCACCCGUCGGCCCCCAUGCUGCUGCUUGGGUGGCUGGCCCUCCAGAGCUUUCUCUAUAUGCUGCCUGUGGGAAAGCUGGCUGAAGGGAUGGUGUUGAGGGAUGGAUCCAGACUCAAGUACCCUAUCAAUGGGUUCCACUCUUUCUGUAUAACUGCCAUAGUGUUGGCACUGACACUGUGGCUGAGGAUGCCUCUUGGAUACAUCUUCGAGUUGUUGUUUCCCUUGGCAGUGUACUCCAUGGGCCUCUCAUUCCUGCUAUCCCUCUACCUCUAUCUGCGCUCAUUCUGGGCCCCAAAACAAGCCCUCUCCUUGGGGGGAAACACAGGUAACCCCCUCUAUGAUUUCUUCAUGGGGCGUGAACUUAACCCACGAAUUGGAAGUUUUGACCUCAAAUACUUCUGUGAGCUCCGGCCAGGUCUGAUUGGUUGGGUUGUGAUCAAUCUGGCCAUGUUGAUGAAGGAGGUAGAGCUACGAGGAUCCCCCUCCUUCGCCAUGGUAUUGGUCAAUGUCUUCCAGCUGAUUUAUGUGACGGAUGCGUUAUGGAACGAGGAGGCUGUGUUGACCACCAUGGAUAUUGUUCAUGAUGGCUUUGGGUUCAUGCUAGCAUUUGGAGACCUGACCUGGGUUCCUUUCACCUACAGCCUGCAGUCCAUCUUCUUGGUCAUACACCCACAACCGCUGAGUACCAUCGGAGGCAUUAGCAUCAUCAUACUCAAUGGUGUGGGGUAUUAUAUCUUCCGUAGGUCGAAUUCCCAAAAGAACCAGUUUAGAAGAGACCCUACUCAUCCCAGCGUGGCAGGCCUAGAGACCAUUGCCACGGCAACAGGGAAGCGCCUCUUAGUGUCUGGCUGGUGGGGGCUUGUCCGUCACCCGAAUUACCUCGGGGACCUGCUAAUGGCCACUGCCUGGUCCCUACCCUGUGGUGUGUCCCACCUCCUACCCUAUUUCUACAUUAUUUAUUUCUCCGUCCUGCUGAUUCACCGGGAGGCUCGGGAUGAGAGGCAGUGCAGGCGCAAAUACGGGCUGGCCUGGGACACAUACUGCCGAAGAGUGCCCUACAGGAUCAUCCCCUACAUCUACUGAGUCCCAAAAUGGCUGCUGCUGGUCUGAGAGGACGGGUCACAGCCUUCUCUCAUCUUCCACGUGGAUAGGCAACAACAUUCUGUGAAGUACAUGUGCUGAACCUGACUGGACUGAAUCAAAGCGCUGGGAUUCACUUUGUGCAGUGUUGCUUUCGAACAAUACUGCUGCUUGGAUCAUUAAUUCGCUCCCAGAAAGUUUUUAAUGCUAAAGAUAAGAAAUGAGGGUCAAAGGUGACGGGUUGGUUGCCUUAAGGCUGAAUUAUUGCAGCAUACAUUACAUUAUUGGCAUUUGGCAGACUCUCGUAUCCAGAGGGACGAACAGUUGAUUAGACUAAGCAGGAGACAAUCCUCCCCUGAAGCAAUGCAGGGUCAAGGGCCUUGCUCAAGGGCCCCAACGGCUGUGCGGAUCUUACUGUGGCCACACCGGGAUUAGAACCACUAACCUUGCGUGUCCCAGUCAUUUACCUUAACCACUACGCUACCGGCUGCCCACCAAUGGGCAUUAGUGCGCACCAACAGGUGACCAUAACUUCAGUGACUGUGCUAUCCAACAUGCCUCUCAUGUUAAUAGACUGGCCAAUUGUGCUGUUCCAUUGUGUGUGGGAUUCCCCAAACUUGUUUUGAAUAGAACUAAACCAACUUCAACUAAACUAACCUUGGAAAGAAUAAAUGGAAAAAAAUAGAUAUACCCCCAGCCUUCAAACCACCAAGGGCCUUGUUUAUAAAAUCAUCUUACGAUCAAAUUGUAUGUUAAAAAGUGGCUCAUGCAGAAGUACCAUAACAACUCACAUGAAGAGCGCAAGAAUCAUGACAACUCCCAGGUGUAUUUUAAGACAUCUUACAGCAUGCUACAUGAGAAAGCUAUUAUCCAAUCAUGGUUUCACUAGCAUUACUGGAGUUAAAAUUGUUGUUUUAUCACUGGUGCGUAAGACAAAGAUAUGUCACUUCAAACUGACAUAGGCAGCUUUUUUCUUGUCUCUUUUUGUAAAUGAAGCAUAACCUUGAGGAAUUAUCUUAACAUUAUGUUUAAGUUUAAAUGCAGGAACAUUUUCAUAAGUGAGGCCCGAGGACUGUAUAAAUAACGCAUGUUAGAUAUGUACAGUUCAAGUUAGCUAGACAUCAUUUGAUUACCAAAAGAAAGGGAAGACAAUGCACUGAUCAUCAUUUUCCUACGGACAUUUACCAGGAGACCUUUUUCUACCAGUUCACUGUUUGCAUUUUAAUGUACAGUCUUUUUAGAUGUAAAUUACAUUUGUUACAAAUGUUAAAAACUUAUCUGGGAUAUGUAAAUACAUCAUCAGACAAACUGGAAAAGUUUACAUCUAAAGAUGACUUUUACAAAAAUGUACAUGAAAUAAAAUGGCCAAUUUAAAUGUAA